AUGGAUGUCCAUAUUCCGAUAAAUGUUGUUAUGUCCGGAGAUAAUUACAGUUUGUGGGUACAAUCGAUGAAAAGCUUUCUGAUAGGUAGGAAAUUACGGUGGAUUGUUACGGGGGAUAUAGUUGCUCCCGUUGCUCCGGUUUCUAUAGGAGAAGUUGCGCCUACCGCCAAAGUUGUUGAAUCAUAUAUUGAAAAAUUGAAGGAUUGGGACAGUAAGAACCAUCAAAUUCUCACUUGGUUGUGCAAUACUUCCACUCCGGCGAUACAUGUGCAGCUUGCCCAAUUUGAAACUGCCAAGGCAGCGUGGGAUUUCUUGGCAGUCUGCUUCCGUGCUACUGGUUUGGCACACUAUUAUCAGUUAUGGAGCACUCUCCAUGAUCUAAAACAGGAACCAGGACAAUCUAUCAACGACUUCCUUGCGCAAGUGCAACCCCUUUGGCAUCGGUUGGAUCAAGCUGAGAUCAGUCCUGAUCAUCUUCGCCUCAUUCAGGUCUUGAUGGCUUUGCGUCCAGAGUAUGAGGCAGUUCGUGCCUCUUUGUUAUAUCGGCACCCACUUCCUACCUUGGAUGCAGCUAUUCAGGAGAUUUUUUUUUGA